CCUUCGGACCGGCGGGACGCCAUAAAAGAUGUGUGUACACUGUACGGUUCCCCUGUGGCUGUGUCACACUCUAAAGCAGCUUAUCGACAAGGCAGCUCUUGACAUGGCUCUUCCCGCUCCCCACUGUCACGACCUCGCUCAUAUUUUCCAUAACUGCUAUCAUGACACCGACUCAAGUGAGCUUGCUAGCCAGUAGCCUAACUUUAGCAUCCAUGCUAGGUAGCUAGCGAGCAGUUAGCUGCUCCGUGAUGGUUUAGUAGACCAGCCUGGAUGUCUGAACCCUGAGGGCUACGUCUAACAGAUGGAAGGCAGCGAUGAGGAGGACUCGCCGGAAACACCGCAGCUACCCCUGGAGAUCCUGGUUUACUUGCUGGGCUUUCUCCCGACUUCAGACCGAAAGGAAGCCUCCCUGGUCUGCCGGAGCUGGUACCUAGCCAGCCAGGACUGGAGUUUUCAGAAAAAUGUCACCUUUUCCUUUCCGGCUUCGGCCUCAUCCCUGGAGCUGGUCAGGGGCCUGGGGCGAAGGUCUCACUGCAGCCUGGUCAUCAGCCAGCUGGAUGGAUUCGGCUUGUCUAGAUCUCUGCUGAUGGAGGUGGGUUUAUGUCUGGGCCCCAAGUUGGACAGCUUGGCCCUGCCUGGCAGCAGCGUGUCUGAAGCCUCCCUGCUGGCCCUCCUGCCUCGCCUCACCUCCCUCCGCAGGCUCGACCUCACAGGGCUGGACAGCCUCUUCAUGUCUGGAGCGUUCCUCUCCAGGGAGGAGCACAGACGGCAGGUCAGGUCGGCUCUGUCCGGGCUCCAGGAACUUGACCUUUCCGACCUGCGCUACCUCUCUGACCUCACCUUCAACCGACUCACCGGCUGCACGCCACGCUUCCGCCGCCUCUCCUUGGCCGGCUGUCACAUCGCUUUUGAGUUCGACCCCUACCGAGGGUGCCCGGUGGGAACCGAGGAGGUUUCCUCAGCGCUGCUCUCGCUGAGGAAUGUGCGGAAGUUGCUGACGGAGCAGACCGCCACACUUACCGCUCUGGACCUCAGCAGGACCUCCAUCACCCCCGAGUCGCUUCGCACUAUUGCCCAGGUGGAAGGUCUGGCCUUGGAGGAUCUGUGUCUGCACAGCUGUAAGGAGCUGACGGACUAUUCCGUGGAGGUUCUGGUCAAGCACCAGCCCCGCCUCCGGAGACUGGACCUCAGCGGCUGCACCGAGCUGACCAGCAGGGCCGUGGUUGGCGUCGCACGAGGCCUCGGCUCGCUGACACGCCUUUCUCUGUCACGUGACUGGAGGAUCACUGAGACUGGCCUCGCCGACCUGGUGUCGCUCUCAUCGCUAAAGAGUCUGGAUCUGUCCGAGUGUCUCCACGUGGGCGGCGCAGAGAUGGUGAAAGGUUUGUCUCGUUGUCGUGCCGAGCGAGCACAGCUGGAGAAGCUCCACCUCAGGAGCUGCACGUACAUCCAGGACGAGGCUGUUUUGUGCCUCACACAGCUUCUGGGGAACACGUUACGUCACCUGGACCUGACCUCCUGCGUCAACGUGACCGACGUGUCGGUGCGCGCCAUCGCCUCCUAUCUACACGGCUUGGUGGUGCUGAGACUGUGUGGCUGCAAGGAGGUGACGGACUGGGGUCUGCUAGGCAUGGAGACCAGCGCUUGUGAGCUGGAUGAAGAAAAGGAGGACCAAGGCCCCCGGUUCACGCGCACCUUUGGGAACAUGGGCUUCUUCAAGCCCCCUCGCUUGCCCUUUGAGGAGCGGCCCAAGCUGGUGACGCGGGACCACCUGGAGCGGUUCCAACAGCAAGCGGGGGCGUCGCUUUUAGCUCUCGGGAGGCUCCGGGAGCUCAACUUGUCCGCCUGCUGCAAGCUAACCGACAGCAGCACGACACAGGUCCUGCGACACCCGGACCUCCAGCAUCUGUCUCUGUCCACGCUGCCCGAAAUCACAGACGCCACUUUGUCCGCCGUCGCCCGCCACUGCCGCAGCCUCACCAGCCUGGACCUCAGCCACUGCGCACGCAUCAGCGACCACGGCGUGGCGCAGGCCGCCCCGCACCUCCACAGACUGCAGCAUCUCUACCUCUCCGCUUGCAGUAACAUCACUGACCGAUCUCUGUUCCUGCUGGCUCGGCACUGCAAACGACUCAAAACCCUGGACGUGUCCAAGUGCAACAAUGUCUCAGGAACCACCGUGGACCUCCUUCAGUCACAGCUGCCCUUUUUGGAGAACGUCCAUCACAAGCUGCACGGCGGGACUGACUUCACUCUCUGACGCAAGGUAAUCUACCACUUGUGAGGGCUAGUCUGUCCGGGUGGGUGACAGGCCGCACCCCCAAAAUAUAUGGCUUGAAAUAUUACAUAGAGAGUAAUAAAUGAUAACAUUACACUCCCCUAUAAGCUGCACAAAUAAUAAUAAUAAUGAAAAAGGUGUUUUAUACUGGUAUACAUUAGAAAUGUAUAGUAUGUAUGUUGAUGCUCAUUCAUUUGUAUUUAGCACAUUGCUACAUUUCAUGGUGCUACCCAUAUAUAUAUAUAUAUAUAGCACAUAAGUCAUAAGGAGUAUUUUGAAUAACCACCUAUAAACGUCUAUUAAUAUACAUAUAUAAAUAUAAAUAAAGCCGAGUGGCCUGACAAAUGCACGUUAAAAACAUCCAAAGUGUGCAAAUUUAAUCACGUUCCCAUCACACAGAACGACUGUAGUGAAGUCUGCAACAUUUCAUUCCCGUUUAAAAUACAUUACAUCAUACCAAGUACUGCAGUACCUGCAGUAUGUUCUGUACUCUAAUGUGUACCAUCGGUCUUAAUAGGGCCAAUUUAACAUCCACGUUGUUAAUACUCAAUUACAUGCAGGAAUAGUUCCUAAAUCAAACAUAUUAUUAUUAUUGGUAAAACGUAGUAUAAUUGUUAUAAAAAAAUUCAAGUACAGUUUUUUUUUUUUUUUUAAGAUCAUGGGCUCUACUUCCUUUACAUGAAAACUUGAUGGUUUUGUCUGGAGAUUACUUGAAACAAUUCAGUCACGCUAUUUGGGACGAGCACAGCAGCAUCAGCAUCGCAAUUCGUGUUUUUGUGGUCGUUAAGUAAAAAAAAAAAUAUGAAUGCAUAAAAAAAAAA